AAUCCAGCCCCGGCGACCGUGUCCACAAUCUGUGACAUGUUUUGCUUGUUCCUUUUCCUGAGCCCCUGGACUGUUGGGACCUAUGGAUUCUGGGCGGUGUGACCUGGUUUGUUUUGUUUUCACUUGUCACCCUUGUGUCUAAUUUUGGAAAACAAAGGGUUGACCUGACACACACUGGCAAAUCUUAGUGUUCAGGAUUCUAAAACGAUCCAGGUCAUUUUUUACAAACCUAAAAACUAGUGAGGGUGAAGAAUAGGGAGUGCCAAACCUUGCUCUUCUGUUCUAAAGUGGAAAAUUUUUGGAAUUUGAAUUAGUAUUUUGUUCAGGGUUCUUGAUGUUUAUCACAGUUUUGCUUUAUUUUCAUUAAAUUCAUUUUCCUAGCCUUCAUCUAAAUUAAUCAUUAAGCAUUUAUUAAAUGCCUACUAUGUGCCAUGCUAAGUGCUAGGAUUCCAAAUUCUUAGAAGCACUGAUAAUCUGUCUUAAUAGUGAAUACUUUAGUACCACCCCUGAAAGAAGAAAUACUCCAGAGCAUCUUAGGCAGAAUGAGCCUUCAAUGCUGUCAGUUAGAAUGUCUCAGCGGAGGUAAGCUGCAACCCUAGUUUUCCAGGCUUCUGAGGAGAAGGAAAAUCCUUUGACAGUGAAAGUGGAAGAAGAAAAAGACCUUUCCUUUAAUCAGGAAUUUCAGCUUCGAAAAGACAGCUUCUCUGGCCAAGAAAUCUGCCAACGUUUCAGGCAGUUCCGAUACCAGGAGUCCCCUGGACCUCGGGAAGCUCUGAGCCAACUAGGGGAACUUUGUCAUCAGUGGCUGAGGCCAGAAAUACACACAAAGGAAAAAAUCCUGGAUCUGCUGGUGCUGGAGCAGUUCCUGGCCAUCUUGCCUGAGGAGCCCCAGUCUUGGGUGAAAGAAUACCAUCCUUUGAGUGGAGAAGAGGUUGUGACCAUGUUGGAGGACUUGGAGAGAGAACUUGAUGAACCAGGACAACAGGUUUCAGUCCAUGCAGAAGGAUUGAAAGGGUCAUUGAAGGAGCUGGUCCCUUUGGAAGUAACACAAGAGUUAUUGAGCAUCCAGCUGCAGCUUAUGGAGACUCAGCUCAAAUGUGAAUCCUCAGUACUCCACCCCUUACAAGAAAUAGAUGAUGAGUCUAGGCCUGAGAAUGAGAAGUUGAUACUAAAGCAGGAAAUUUCUUUAGUGGAACCUCACUUAUUGCUUUUAAGAAGAGUCAUGGUGGAUGCUCCCCAGAAACCUGUAUCUGGACAAGCUUGUGAAACUGAGAGCAGGUUAAAAGGGCAUCAAGAAACUCCCACAGUGGAGGGAAGAAAGAAAUUUCCUUCCCAGGAGAAAGAAAUCAGAGAGAUCAUUCAUAAAAAACUUCCCAUAGGAGGAGAGAAAGACCAUAAAUGUGAUGAAUGUGGAAAAUUCUUUACUAAGAGCUCAAAUCUUAUUCGACAUCAAAGAAUCCACACUGGAGAAAAACCUUAUAAAUGUAAAGAAUGUGGGAAGGCUUUUAGUGGAAGUACCAGCCUUUGUCUGCAUCGGAGAAUCCAUACUGGGGAUAAACCUUAUAAAUGUGAUGAAUGUGGGAAAGCCUUUAGUGUGAGUUCCAAUUUGAUUCUUCAUUAUAGAAUCCACACAUUAGAUAGACCUUAUGAAUGUGAUGAGUGUGGUAAAGCCUUCAACUGGAGUUCAGACCUUAUUAAACAUCAAAGAAUCCACACUGGGGAAAAACCCUAUGAAUGUAAUGAUUGUGGGAAAGCUUUCAAUCAGAGCUCUGACCUUAUUAAACAUCAAAGAAUCCACACUGGGGAGAAGCCCUACAAUUGCAGUGAGUGUGGGAAAGCCUUCAAUCAAAGCUCACUCCUUAUUAAACAUCAGAGAAUUCACACUGGGGAGAAGCCAUUUCAUUGUAAUGAAUGUGGGAAAAGCUUUAGUCAAAAUGCAGGUCUUAUAUCACAUCUGAGACUCCAUACAGGAGAAAAACCUUAUGAAUGUAGUGAGUGUGGAAAAGCUUUCAGUGAGAGUUCACACCUCAUUAAACAUCACAGAACUCACACAGGGGAAAAACUUUAUCAAUGUACCAAAUGUGGAAAAAGGUUUAGUCAAAAUGAAGGUCUUAUUUCACAUCAGAGAAUCCACACUGGGGAGAAACCCUACAAAUGUGAUGAAUGUGAGAAAACCUUCCAUAAUAGUUCAAACCUUUCUAGACAUAAGAAAAUUCAUAUUAGAGAGAGGAAAACCUUAUAAAACUUAACAAAUGUGGGUAAAACUUUUUUUUUGGUGAGGUAAUUGUUUAAGUGACUUGCCCUGAGUCAUACAGCUAGUGAGUAUUAUAUGUC